GACGCGACCACUUGACCACAGAAGACAGUCUUCUCACCACCGACUUGCUGUUUUUGAAGCGCAGAUGAAUUGCGACCUCGGGCCCUGGAAAUAACUAGAAAUAGAGCUCGGAAAUCGCGAGUCCUGUUGCCAUUGCCAUCCAUUGUUCUUGCUACCAGGCCACCCAGCUAGCUCGACAAGAACAACACCACAGAAUGUUCCGCGUCCCCUCCUCCACGCCGCCCUCCACGCCAGACUAUCGCCGCGAGAGCCGCAAUGCGCCAUCGACUACGCCCGCAGGCCCUCCACCCGAUCACUCCAUCUACCCUUCGUCCACGCCAGCAGGGCCGCCGCCAGCCAUGAACAAGGGCCUCUUCAGCACGGCGCGGCCCACCUUCGACCAACCCAACAGCUACCACUUUGGCGACUCCACCUUUGGGAGCUCACCGCCCAAACACGGCUUGUUUGAGGGCAUGGGCUCGGGCUCCAUUGGCACAUCGACGACAGGAAGGCCCGCAGUGCAGCGAGGGCGGACUACGAGCGCAGGAGGAUAUGGCCUGCCUAGCAGCUCGCCGGAUGAUGCGCUGAACAGAGACGCAGAGGGCGACACGGAGGAAGACGAUGACGACGACAUGGAUGACGACGAAGAGGACGACGACCUGGACGAGCAUGACGGCUCCGAGGCAGAAGAAGAGCGCCUUGCCGCGCAGCGACGCGCAAAGACACAGAACAGAUUCUCGCAGUCUGUGGUUUCGAGAACCAGCGCCAGCGAUAUAGAGCCGGGUCCAACACUGGUACGGGCGGGCGCAAAGCAGACUCAGUUCGACCUCCUCGCACUGGCCAAGGGCCUGACACCGGACCUCGAACGCGCCACCCUUCAGGAUUCCGACCAUCUGAUACUAGAGACGGAGCGCUUGGUGGAGCAGGUGCAAGAGUCGCUUCACUCGGACACACCAGAAAAGAGGACAGACGUGCUUGGAGAGACAGCCCAAGAGCUGCUAGCGCUAUGGCAGGCUGCGUCCAAGACUGCUUCGCGGCCGAACCUGCCGUCAAGCCGCGCUGGAGGAGCACUUGGCCUCUCUCACGCCAGCCGGUUGGCAAAUCUCCUACUUACCAUCCACCACCCGCCAACGCUCCAACACCACCAACGGACCUCUGCUCUAUCUCUCGUACCCGCACGACCCGAUUCAAGACACUACACCCCAAUCCCCAAGCUUCUGCUCGACUGGCUUAACAACACUUACUCGGGCGUCUCAGAGGUGGAGCUUGUUCUGAAGGAGUCACGUGGCUACUCAAGACACACUUCCUUCUGGGAGGCUGUACAUGUCACUGCCGUGCGAGGAAACUUUGAACAGGCUCUGCAGCUGCUACAGGGUGCCAGAUUUGAGUUUGCCGAGACGGCCCAACUUGACGGACUGGGCGACACCGGAUACAGUGGCGCGCAUCUUCGGUUUGCCAACGAUGCUGUCGGUGCAGCUGUCGACCUGCUUCACGAGUGCCCAGCUGUCGCGUCCAGCGACUGGGAUGUCAAGGGCCAUGACUGGAACAUCUUCCGGCAACGAGUCCACCAAGUGUACGUCAACCUCCAGGAGUUUGCAGAAGGCGAGAGCGCUAGCCGACACUCCGUAUCACAACCUUUCCAAGCGCCCCAUUUCGGUAUCUCGCAGUCGCAAGCAAGCUUUCAACUCAGCGUAGCAAGCAGAAAAGCAGAAAGCAAAGUACCAUGGUCGGUCUAUGAAAACCUACGAAAGCUCUACCAGCUCCUACUCGGCAAUGAGGAAGAAAUCCUAACCAUCUCGGCGGAUUGGAUCGAAGCUGUGCUCGGAUUGGCAAUUUGGUGGAACGGAGAGGAGGACGACGUCGCUCAAGGCAGCCUCGCGGCCAGCCGUCGAUCAAUAAUGCGAUCGCAGCGAGUUCGCUCAGUAGAUGUAACCCCAGUCAAGGCCUACCGUCAGCGCAUGUCCUCUGCAUUGGCGGCCGUGAUCGAAAAUAGUGACGAGGACUUCAGCGUCAGUACCACCGAUCGCUUUGAAGUGGGCCUCGCCUGCAUCAUGGACGAUAACGUCGAAGCCGUUCUACAGAUACUUCGGGGUUGGUCGCUUACCGUAGCUUCUACAGUUGCCGAGCUUGCCAGUGCUGGAGGGUGGUUCACGCGAGCGAACGGCCUCAUGGAUCAGUUUGACCAAAGCGAUCUCAUGGUCUUGAGCUAUCAUGAACAACAACCAAAAGGCUUGUCCAAAGACGACUUACAAAUCGCCUACUCGAACCUGCUGGCGACCAAGAGCCAGAUCACGAGCCAGGAUGGCCAGACAUCAAGAGAGGGGUGGGAGAUGGCUAUCCAGGUGCUAGGGAGGCUGGACGAUAGUAUCGCAGCCAACGAACGCAUCGAGCGGAUACUAAACGAGCUCCCUCUCGAGUCCGCAGUACGCGUAGACAAGAUCACGCAACUGUGUCACAACUUAGGCCUCUCGCAACACGCCCUUACAAUUGCCGAAAAAUACGCCGAACACCUCCGUGCAAACACCCAAAACUACGGUGACACGCUUCUCUAUUACGCACGCGCUCAUGAUGCGCGAAAGAUCCAGGAGGUUCUUCGCGUACUGGUCGCCCAUUGCCUCGUCAAAUCCGUUGCAUAUCCUCCCCGUGACGAACUGGAUGACGCUCUCAACUCUCUCAUUACUUCACCCAAGCAGACUUUGACGAAUCUCGCAAGUCUCGAUUCCGAAGCUGCCUCCCUACUCUCCAAUCAUCUCAGCGGCUAUGCGACGAUUCGCAAAUUCUACGACCUUCGAGACGAAGAAGUGCUGCUCAGGAACGGAGAAAAAGCUACCCACCGACCCAUGGCACGGAAGCGCGCCGCAGCAAGCGCCCUCACCGUCAUCAUCGCGAGCGCAGCGUCCAGCAUCCGGGGAGGACUAUAUGACCCAGAGAUAGAAACUGUGGUUCAAGUCGACGUCCUCCUUCCUUUGCUAGGUGAAGCGCUUGUCUUUGUGAAUCAGCCAAAGCGCACACUAACUCUCCGCCACCUCUACGGCCUCCUGUCCGCAGUCGAAGACCUCGACACCGCACCGAGCAUGAUACGCGCCCAGUGCGAGGAAGUCCUCUCCAGCACCCUUCUCUCCGCGCAUGACCCCAACUCCUCCCAACAACUACCCAACCCCCAUCAUCUUCUUCAAAAGUCGACAUCGAAUCUCACCACGGCUUCAUCGCAGUACUCGUUAAUAGGGUCAACGGAGUUUAGCUCCGCUGAUGGCCAGAGCACAGACGGCUCUACAGUGCUAGUCAAGGGCGGGCAUAUAGAUGAGGUGAGGCGUGGGUGGGACUGGCGACGAGGGUUCGGAAAGGGUGCGAAGGGCGAGGAUGUGAUUAGAGUAUUGAGACUGGGUGUUGCGCGGGAGAUUGGCCGGGCGUUUGCAGAGGGCGAGGUCACAGCGUAGGAAGUUUCCACAGUUUCAGCUCUUGAAUAUGUUCUUGAAUAUGCUCGUCUUAGGGGAAUAUGAUACCAUACUGUAAGAGUAGUAGCAACAUUGCGCGUUGGCAUGCGAGGUGGCUGGUGAGUGUAUAGUAAUACCUUGGCAAAGCUAGCAUACUGCACUUGGUUUGAACUUCUACGAUAUCUUCAACCGACCAAUUUUGCAUCCAAGGAAGAAGG